UUCUGGAGACAGCGGGAGAAAACAUGACCAAACUGGAGCUGUUGAACGUGUUUUUGAACGACAGGCUGACAGCGGCCGCCGAAGAGAUUUUUCGCGCCGUUAAAGACACGGUGGUGGAGUAUCAGAGCGAAAUACUGCGUUCCAAAGAGGAGAACGAACGGCUCAAACGGCUGCUCAAUGUAGCCGUCCAACGGCUCCUGCUGCAGCCAGAGCCUCACUCUGCUCAGCCCCAAGAAGAUGGUCAGCCCUGUGAGUCUCAGUGGAGCGGCAGUGUGGAGCUGCUGCCACAGAUCAAAGAAGAGCCAAAACUCAGAAGCAUUCAAGCAGAUUGUUCACAAGAAGCGAGAGAGUCUGAGGAAGGAAACUGCAGUCACGUCGAGCCACUACAGAGGCCAAAUCCUCCGCCAGCCCAGACUGUGUGUCGCAGACAAAGUGUCUCCCCACCUCCGCUUACAUCCCAGGAGGUAAAGGCAGAGAGUGACAGAGAGGACAGCAGCAAACAGCAGCCAGCCAACUGCCUACCAUCCCCCAUGACUGUUAAUUCAAACUGCAGAGCCGCUCAGAGCAGUUUUUGUGCCAGCCCUGCAAAGAGUCACAGGACUCAGAAAACAGACCAGCAGGUGAAGGGGCUGCUUCGCUCAAAUGGCAAACAGAACGCACACAUACUGCAAAUUAAGAAUGUGAGAUCCCUGAAGCCCCCUCCAUCUCGCUCCUCUCACCCAAGCCAGAGCAUCCAGAGGUGGCACAGCUGUAAAGAGUGCGGGAAGGGCUUCAGCUUUGCCUGCCAGCUGGAGGUCCACAUGCGCUGGCACACCAAGGAGAAGCCGUACAGCUGCGCAGUGUGCCGGAAGAGCUUCACCACGGUCAGCAUGCUGAAGAGGCACCACCGCAUCCACACAGGGGAAAAGCCCUUCCGCUGCCAUGUCUGCGGGAAAUGCUUCAACCAGUCAGCACACCUCAACACCCACUUCAGGCUCCACACCAGAGAGAGGGCCAGCUGGAGCCGAGCACCACACUCCAAGUGAACAAACAAACUACCCCGACCAUCUAUAAACUUUGAAAUGCUUUAAGUAGCUACAUUUCAGGUUCAAACAGUGUACAAUAAUGGUGUUUGACUGUGU